AGCAAUUUAUGCUAGGCUAAGGGACAAGAUGACUCCCAAUGGCUACACCCUAGACCAGUGUAUCCAAACUGGGGUUGACAAUCCUGGCCAUCCUUUCAUUAAAACUGUGGGCAUGGUUGCAGGCGAUGAAGAAUCCUAUGAGGUAUUUGCUGAGAUUUUUGACCCUGUCAUUAAAGUGAGACAUAAUGGCUAUGAUCCAUGCACAAUGAAGCAUCACACAGACUUGGAUGCAUCCAAGAUCACCCAUGGUCAAUUUGAUGAGCGCUAUGUCCUCUCAUCAUGUGUACGUACUGAUCGUAGCAUCCGGGGCCUCAGCCUUCCUCCAGCUUGUACCAGGGCAGAGAAGAGAAGUGGAAAAUGUUGUGGUCACUGCUCUAGCUGGGCUGAAAGGAGACCUUUCUGGAAAGUACUAUAGUUUGUCCAAUAUGUCUGAGAAGGAUCAGCAGCAACUUAUUGAUG